UUCUGUUUUGUACAUAUGUUUCAAUAAAGUUCAGGAGGGAAAAAGUCCUCACAAACGUCACCAUUUUGUUGUGUCACCGUUGUUUCUUGUACCUUCCCUCCCUGACACAAAGUUGGAGAUCGACCGUCACGGCAAGUUCUGUAAAAUAUGGUUAAAAAUAUUUUAUUAUGAAAUACUAUAUUAAGUUAACCGUAAAUUAAGCACAGAAACGACUCAUUUUACUUUUAAAACAGCGUGUUUCUCUACCGCUAAGCUGCCGUUGGCUUAGCCACUUUAGCUUGUUACGUUAGCCGCGUUAGCUAGCACUAUUCGUUAAUGUGAGUAACUGAAACUCGCCGAUUUGUAUAUUGUACUGUUUUGUAGUGUAAUGAAAAGCUGCAUUAGUAAUGUAAGCUAGUUAGUAAAGCAGUUAAAUGCUCCAAAAGUUGUCUCUGCGCCACCUCCCUCCCUAUCAAAGUAAAGCUGGUGCCAGGGGCGCGAACACGGACUUUGACUUAAACUUUUGGACUUCGCUUCUUCAUAUGUUGUUUUUUCCCCUCAAGACAUAGAAACUAUUGUCAACAUGCAUUGUAUUUGCUGAUUUAUUUGAUAAAUCAUCUUAUAAUGUAGAAGAAAAGCACAGAAUAUUUAAAAAGUGUAAAAUUGUAUAAUAAUGUAAAUGCUUACCUGCAGUGGUCAUUUGUCUAUCAAAAUGAACACUUUACAACUGUAUAAUGUUACACAACCACUUCAACACUGAUUAGCUGUGCAGUAAUAGUGUCUAUCUCUAUCUCCUCCAGGGAUGACAAAUUUGUGGUCAGUUGACAAUGUCUGCUCAUGGCUGAAGGUCAAUGGAUUGGAAGCCUUCACAACAACUUUCAUUGGUGAGCUGUGGAUAUGAAUGACGGAGGUAUUCCAGUGCCAGAGAUGUCCUGUUAAGACCCCAACACGCACAAAGUGGCUGAAACAUCUACAGCUUUACCAUGAAAAUGAGAGUGAUUUUUCAGUAAUAUGUGGUCUUGAUGGCUGUCCACGACAGUAUUCAAGAGUCAAGUCUUUAAAAAAUCACAUUCGCCGGCAUCAUAACAAUGAUGUGAACUGUGAUUCAUCCUUUCAACAAGAAUCGAGUCAGUUGUCUGAUUAAACAAAGCCAGACUCUACUGUAGAGGUUUCAACAUCAACAGUUGGUGAUAUUGUUAACCAUCUCACAGACUCUAUUCAAAAACAGUUGGCAUUAUUCUAUCUGAAGUUGCAAGAAAAGCAUGUUGUUCAGAGAGCAGUACAGUCAGCUGUGAUCAAUGAGUUGGAGUUACUGUUUAGUCAUUUUCAUCAAACCUAUCAGGCUCUUCUUGCCACUUGUUUAGAGAAUGUAAACAUAGAUAUUAAUAAUCCACAAUUAGCUUUGCUCAGAGAGCCAUUUUUGGUUGAACACUGCUUCAGUGCAGUAAGUAGUGUGUACAAGCUUGACAAGUUUUGUCUUGAAACACUGUCAUUAAUCGAGCCCAAAGAGUAUACACUUGGGUGUGAUUCUCACGGAAAACACACUUUCCAAUAUAUUCCAUUACUUGAUGUGCUAAACCUAGUUCUGAGGGACAGUGCAUCUCAGGAACAAAUUUUUGAUUGUCCUCAAAAAGAGUCUGAUGCUUUAACAAACUUCAUUGAUGGAACUAUUUUUCAGGAAUCUCUGUUCUUUAAUUGUGGGCACCCAUGUUUAACUCUUCAGUUAUACAAUGAUGAAUUUGAGAUAUUGAACCCUUUGGGAUCUAAGAGAACUUUGCAUAAAGUCUCAGCUUUUUAUUUUUCUUUGGGAAAUCUAAAACCCAAAUUUAGAUCAGCUUUGAAAAACAUACACCUUGUAAUUCUUGUAAAACAUAGUAUUUUAAAACAGUAUGGCGUAGCAAAAGUUUUAGAACCACUUUUAAGUGAUGUUUUGAAAUUACAAACUGAAGGUGUGAGAGUUUGUUAUAAGGAUCAAGAAUAUUUUGUUAAAGGGACUAUUGCAACUGUAUGUGCUGAUAACUUGUCAGCUCAUGCCCUUGCAGGAUUUUCCUGCAGUUUCAGCAGUGGUAGAGUGUGUAGAUAUUGCUUAUGUCAUUACAGGGACAUUGCUGUAAAGACACAUGAGGAGGAGUGCGUUCUGCGUACACCUGAAGUUCAUGAAUAUCAUUUGAAAUCUAUUGCAAAUUAUCCUAGCACUACUACAGUGUAUGGGGUAAAUGGACCAUGUGCUUUAAAUGUACUUCCUCAUUUUGAAGUCACCAAGGCAUUUCCUCCUGAUGUUAUGCAUGAUAUUUUAGAGGGGGUUAUACCACUUACACUUAAACUGGUGAUCAAGGCACUGCAUAAGGACAAAGUUGUGACUGUUACUGAACUUAAUAAUUGCCUGAAGGAUUUUCGCUUUGGACAAAAUGAUAUCAGGAACAGGCCACCGCCUAUUUCAGAAAAACUUCCUGCCAAUGGCCAUGUAAUUGGCAAAGCCGUUGAGAAGUGGACACUGUUUCGCUUGAUAUCUUUUGUAAUCGGAGACAAGGUUCCCUCUACUAACAAGGACUGGCAGUUGUAUCUGCUCCUGCGUGAGACAACUGAAUUUCUCCUAGCUCCAACAUUUGCUAAAAGCUGGGUUAGUUAUUUAGGUUGUCUAGUUGCACAAUUCAUUGCUAAUUUUAAAGACCUGUAUCCUGAAGCUCUUACUCCAAAGGUGCAUUAUCUGUUGCACUAUCCUCGUCUCAUACUGGAAUUUGGACCUCCACGGUCCAAUUGGUGCUUGAGGUAUGAGUCAAAACAUUUGUACUUCAAAAAAGUGGCCCAGGUUAUGAAUAAUUUCAAAAAUGUGUGUUAUUCACUGGCCAAAAGACAUCAACUCAGACAGUGCUGGGAGUGGAACACAUCAACUCAGUUUCAAACAGACACUAUACCUCAUGAAACGACCAAAAUCAGUCCAGAAGAAUUGCCAGACUCUGUGUUGACCAACUUCAGGAAUCUGCAAAUGAUACUAACGGAGGAGGAUGAACUUUGGAUGACAAAAACAGUGACAGUGGACACUACAAGAUAUUGCAUUGGGGACUUUUUCAUCAUUGACUUGUUGGAGGGUGAACAAAUACCAGUGUUUGUGCAGGUCUGUAAGAUACUGCAUUUUCGGUCGAACUGGUUUCUAGUGGCAAAAUGUUUUGCAACAGUUGCAUUUUCUAGCCAUCUUCAUGCUUUUCAUGUGGAAGAAACUGAUGAUACAGUCAUUCUUAAGCCUGGAGAUGAAACUGACUUCCAUCCCCUUGACUGUUACCGCUGCUCAGGCAAAGACUAUAUUUCCCUUUUACAUUGUCCGUUCAAAUCACAAGGUUGAAGAGAAUGAAAUUGAUGGUGCAACACUCCUGGGAUUAUCCGAACGCAUGUGUGAACGGAUAUUUCCCAAAAUAAAGGAUCAAGUGCGCUUCAUGGCCAUCCUGAGUACCCUGAAAGAAAAAGAGAAUGAAUUUGUUCCUCAUGACGAACCAGAUGUACCUGCAAAACCCACCACAGGAUCUUUUCAACUUCGGUUCCCACAGUUCCUUAUCAAUUCUUUAAACAACAAGGACCCUGACCUGAAGUCUCACCAGCGAAACAAAGCGAAAAAUGCACUAGUACAGGCCCUCUAUGAUACACUGAGUCUUCAGACCAUGUAUCCAACACACAUCCAGUAUGUGGAUUUGAUGCGAAUGCUUCUCAUGCAGUAUCCAUUUUUGCGUGAGAAAUGUGGAUCAGGAUAUGGUGCUCUGUUGGAGUCACUGCGCAACAAAUUUAAAAAGGAAAGAAUUCCCCUGAUCAGCAACAGUGAAGUUGCAAAAAUGAGGAAGAAAUUCUCAUUACCAAAUGGUGGAAGGAAACCAAGAGCAGGGUCAGAGGGCAGUGAGUCUUCAGUGAAAAAAGUCAGGGUUGCCUUGGAGAUGCAUGAUGGAGAAGAUGAGCACAGCAUUCAACACCAUAAAGAAGCAAUGAAAGUAGAAGCUCUAAAACAGAGACCCAACUACAACCUCAUAAUUAAUGGAAUGGUUAAGACACAAAAAUACAGGGCUAACUUUAUUCAGGAGCAUUCCACAGCUGCAGUCCUUGAGGAGUUUCCAUGUCUACGCCAUCCACUCUUGAUUCUAGAGGAAAUGAAGCUUGUGAGCGAAGUGGAUGUGGACAAACAAGUAGUUGUUAACCUUGCCAAGAUGUCAAAAAAUAUCCUUGACAAGGCUCCUAAAAGUGCCCUCAAGGACAAGUGUUUGGUUGUGCUUGAUGCCUCAGACACAGAGGAGGAAAGAAGAGGUCAGAUUGUCAACACUGCAGUACUCCUCCUACCUUCAGUGUUCAAAGAGGACCCACAGCAGCUAUUUGUCAUUGAUAAGGAACCAGUGUUUCCGACACCAACAAUUGUCCUGACAAACUGCAAAAACGGAAACCCACUGCAGAGCAGUGCCAUCACUGUAAAGAUGGACGACACAGAGAUACUACUUGAUGAUGGCAGUGUGGACAUAUCCCUUGCCCUGGCUGUUGCCUUUUUUACUUUAUCAUAUCUUCCAAGUUGAGUAUCCCAAAAACCUGAGAGACUGUUUCCUUUAUGGAAACCUUCGUUUGUGAAAUGAAGCGUUCUGCUCCUAUUGCUGUACAAAGGUUUUAUAACUCACUGUAAAAGAACAGGCCUGGUUGUGUUAGUUAUGGUUUUAAUUUUUUUUUUAUUGUUGAUGAGAAUUGCAAACGUUUUAUAUGUUCAACUCUAAAGCUACUCUGUCGAUGUGAUUUGCCAGAUGUUUUCUUGUAUGUUUACCUACGUAAAUCAACCUGGCAGGAUGUCAAUUUUUUACAUAUUGAUAUGCCAUUUGCUACUUUUACCUGUUUUCAGCAACUGUAUUACAGUUUAAAAGUUUUUUUAUUGUUGCUAUUCAGUUAUGUGACUCAAAACCUGUCGUCAUAUCAAAUUUCAGUAUCAAACUGUAGUGUGUUAUUUUGGGGAAAACAUUUUUCAAGAAAAAUAUAAAAUUCAUGUAUUGCAUGGAACCAUAUUUGUCUUUUUUAUCAGCAUAUCUAUUGCAGGAUGGUUUCAUAACAUCUAAAAGGUGGUCUGGGUGUGAAUAAAAACAGCUUUGACAGAUAUGGGUCAGUAAUGUGUGUAUGUAAUGCAAAUGGGUCCUAAAUUUUCCUUUUGGUUUAAGUCGGCAGGUUUCAAAUGAACCAUUUCUGGUCUUCAAAAUAACAAAACUAAGAAAGAACCUGUCAUGAGUUCUUAAUGGAACCACCACUAAGGAAAUGAUUAAGAACCUGUAUUGGUUUUCUAAAGAACCCAGCUGAAUAGGUUUUUCAGAGAACCCCUCUAUAGAUGGUUGUUUGUGGAACCCUAAAAGGUUCUCAUUUUAAGGCUCUUUAAAGACCCUUAUUAGGUUCUUUAAAGAACCUAAUAAUAAAUGGUUCUCUGAAGAACCAAUACUUAAUAGGUUCCUUGCAGAACCUAAAAAGGUUCCCCUAUGGCAUCACUGUGAAGAACCACCUUUGGUUCUAACUUGAACCUUUAUUUUUAAGGGUAAUGGGGACGACGCUUAAGCGUCAGGAGCUCCAGGUUAGGCGAACAGGACUGCUUCAGUGUGACGAUGUUCUUACUAUCACACCAUUUAUUACUGAUCAUCAAGCACACCCUUCCACCUCUCUUUUUCCCCGACUCACUCGUUCUGUCCAUGCGAUGAACGGACAGGAACUCCGCUGGUUGUACGGCGUGAUCAGGUAUGAGAGGAGACAGCCAUGUCUCGGUGAGACAAAUAAUGUUGCAGUCCCGUAUGUCCCUCUGGUACUUUAGCCGGGCUCUGAGCUCGUCCAGCUUGUUCUCCAGUGACUGGACAUUUGCCAGUAAGAUGCUUGGCAGUGGCGUGUGGUGUGCUCUACGCCUCAACCUUUCUCUUACGCCGGCUCUUUUCCCCCGAGGCCUACUCCGUGCCCUGGGCCCCCCACGUCCUCCUUUGUUUGUGUCGGCCCUCUGGCGCAAGAUGUCUUGAGGCCAAGCCGGGUCUACAUAAUAUGGGGCGCCAAGUGUAAAAAUUC